AUGGGAAUAACAAAUUCAAUAAAAACAGUGAUAUCAACUUUACUGAUAGUCCAAGCAUAUUUGGUAUAUGGGAAAACAUACUCAGAAUGCUUACAGGAUGUAGAAAACGGCGUUUGUCAGAGAUAUUCCCACAUCACAAUUUGUACCAAUGACGGCGUCGUCCAUAACGGUGUAUGUGAUUAUCAAAGGGCCAUUUGUGAUGCCUUCUAUAACCGUCACAUUUCUCUCACAGUAACGGGGACCGGAGCGAAUGGUGUCUGCAACUUCACCCAUCAUAUCACCUCUACGUCUCCUCGCCCUCUCUCCAGUGUAGAGACAAAUCUAUACCGAGCCAUCGCAAAUGGUAUAGAUAGUCGACUCCUACGGACGCAGUCAGCAGGGACAGAAGUUUCAGAAGCCAUUAAAAUCUUCUCCAAACAGGAUCACGUCCAUAAAGUCUAUAUCAGAAAUUCAGAUUGUUGGGCUCAUGACCUUGACCUUACAUGUAUCUCACCUUGGAACAGCAAUGGCCACAACCGUAAAGCGGGGACGCUGAUUUCUCCUCGGCAUGCUAUCUGGGCCAGACACUACAACAUGCCAAUUAAUACGACAUUACGCUUUGUUGAUCUGAACAAUAAGGUUGUGGAACGAAAGAUUAUCAAAAUCCACGCUCUUCCAGUUCCAGCUCAUAUGAACUAUCAUAGCGGGUAUGACAUGAUGAUUGGACUCCUAGAUCAAGACGUUCCGUCCUCCAUUACUUUUGCAAAGGUCCUUCCCAGAAAUUUCACGGAGAUAUAUGGUUCCCAUGUGAAUCACGUCCUUCCAGUUCUGAGUACUGAUUACGAAGAGAAGGCUCUAGUAGACGAUCUCCGUAUGAUGCACGGCAAAAUGGUCACCCUUACUGUGCCAAAUUUAUCAUAUCGCCACGCUUUCUAUGAGAGUAAAAUUGUUGGAGACAGUGGAAAUCCCAGCUUCUUUGUAAUCGACAACCAGUUAGUGUUCUUGUUUGUCUUCACUUACGGUGGAGCUGGUGCAGGCACUUCCGUUCAAUUUCAUUAUGACGACGUCAAUCACGUGAUGAAGAAUCUUGGUGGCGGGUACGCUUUAACCGAGAUCGAUUUGUCCAGCUAUGCUAAUGACUUACAAAUCACGAAUAUAUUUGGAUGA